AUGGAGAACAUUGAGGAGUUAAAACCUGCUAUAUUAUCGAUGGAACCAUCUCCAUCAUCAACUUCUAAUACCAAUAAUAAUAAUGGAACCCGCCAAGAAAACUCAUUGCACGUGACAACUCAAAAGUUUAUGCUUCUUCGGGAACACACCAAAGAUAAAGUGAUUUUAAAAUAUUUUUUGCCAGUAGAAUAAUCUUUAUUUUUCUCGGAAAGAUUUUGAAUCUGAAUGAAGCCGCCGAAUUCCUUCAAGUUCCCAAGCGACGCCUCUACGAUAUAACCAACGUGUUGGAAGGAAUUGGAUUUGUUCAAAAAAUCGGUAAAAAUGCAAUUCGUUGGAUGUAAGUUUUUCAAGGAAAAUUUAGCUGGAAAUAUGAACAUUUUUCAGUGAACAGAUUCCUGAUGUUACUCUGCAACAAAAAUAUGAGGAGCAUGUUGAAGUUUUGAAAAAACAAGAAGAUGAUUUAGAUAUGUUGCUACACGACGUUAAAUGUUUAUAUAACAUUGCUAAAACAGACAGUUCAAACCAGGAAUUCGCAUAUAUUACAAAAAAUGAUAUGAAACCGAAAGAUAUGACAACAAUUGCUUUGCAAGAUUUAUCAAAAAAUAAUAGUUUGCAAAUUCAAGUUGCAGACCCAACUUCAACUUGUUCUUAUGCAAUGAUAGCAAAGGGAACAAACAUAAGAGCUCUUUUAUGUUCUCAAUACGAAGGAGCUACAAAAUUUGAUGUUAUCCAAUCGAUUAUUGGAUCUGAAAUCGAACCAAAAGAAGAGCCGAUUGAUGAAUAUUUCAUUCAAAGGAGUGAAGUAUCUUCUUCAACACCAGAAGUCAAAGAAGAACCAUUUGAUUUCUAUGCAGAUUCAAUAGAUUCAUCAUCAUUUAUAACAAUGGAUCCACCGCAACCAGCCGAUUAUCUCCGUCCAUGGAAUGCGUUGGCAUCUCCACCAAAUCUUUUCGAUCUUUUUCCAAGUGACUAA